CCCGGGCUAUCGGAGGUCAAACCUCUUUACUCUUUCGGUAUAAAUCACCCCUAAAUUAGUAACCCAAACACUAUCUCCAAACAUUCCAAUCUUGUAACCGAAGAAAAUCAUCAAGUCAACAUAAUCAUUGACGCGCAAAUGAAGAGAUUGAGAGGCAAACAAAAAAUUGGAUCUCUGGCAAAUAAUCUAAUAGCUGAGUCUGGAAUUUCCCAUGUUUAUCGAACUGUGAUGAUUCCACCGAGUGAUGAUUCAUUGACGGAUGCCAUGAGACCCUGAUAAGUGGUAAAAACUAAUGAGACAAUAAAGGGUAACAAGGAGAGAGGAAUCACUGAUGAAGACAUUGAGAAGACACCGAGCUCAUGUGUGCGUUCGACGACGAUGACGUAUGUGGAGUUCAUGAUGUUCAAGAUGUUGGCUGGUGUUCUCUCGUUUAUACUAAUCUGGAAUUUCGGUGAUUGUCUGGAUUGGCCUGUCAAGACUAUCGGCAAGUGCUGUGCAAAGGGUGAGAUUAUUUCAGCGGGUAAAAAUUUUAGUUGCGUACCCCAGAACAUUUCAUCUGAACUUUUGAAGAAUGAGACAAUGGGGGACAACUGGGUUCAUUUCGACGAGUGUCCGGAUGCCGGGGAAGUGACUAUCGUCAAGUUCAGUGAUGUUGUUGAUAAGGGUAUCGACAGGAUAAACGCGUCCUCUGGGUGUCUCGAUCUCUUCGACGGGGAGGACAAACUCGGGGUGAUUCCGGUGAUUGUUCACUGCAAAGAACAUCAUUUUGCCAGCCUCCGGAUACCGAAACUCAAUCGAUUUAGGGUCUGCUGUCCCAGGGGUUUGAUCUAUGACUCAAUCAUUCAUGAUUGUAUCUGGGAUAAAUCAAUUGAUCGUUUCGAUAUUGCUGAUUAUAUUUUUGAUAUUAUCGGGAACCACUCGCUUGUUGAAUUUUCGAGUUUCUCUCGAGGUCCACCUCAGUGCAAACAUGCGAUAGUGGAUUAUGUCAUCGAUAGCAGGACGGAUCUACAAAUUCUUGGAAAUGGCACUAUUCGGGUUUCAAUUUCGUCUGGCACAAGUGUACUCCUGACCGAGGAGAAUUCAUGCCUCGACAGAGGCACUUCGUCGUGGCUUAUCCUGAGAUUAUGCACUGGUGUGGAAUAUUGUCGGAGGAAUGCUUGUGUGAGAAAGUGUUGUCCCGAGGGCCAGGCGAGAAUCGGAAGGGUUUGUCAAACGAUUCCACAAGGUACUGUACCACCGGGUGAAUUUCAUCGGCAACUGGAACAAUUCUCCAGGGCUACGUCCAAUCACUCCAAGUGGAAACCCUUGGACACAGCGAAAGAAUAUGGAUUAUUAAUCGGUGAGCACUCAUGUGAAUAUGGAAAGUACUCACUGAUGCCCGACGAGCAGCCAGUUAUCGAUUCUCGUGGUCACAUUCACAUUCACCACCCGGAGCAUGAAAGAUUCAGACAUCACGAGUACUGCAUGGAGAUAUUUCGCAACGUAACGAGCUAUGACGAUGGUUUCCACACCGCCGUAUGCUUCUCCAAUCCAGAGCCUCCCGAGCCCAACAAAUGGAGAUUCGGUAUCAAUGCAGCCCUGGAAUUAACGAGCUGCAUGUUUCUACUGAUAACAUUUCUCGUUUAUGUUUUCCUACCGCUUCUACAGAAUCUCCAUGGUAAAACAUUGAUGUGUCAUGUUGCGAGUUUAUUCGCGGCGUAUGCCUGUCUAGCUGCGAUCGCACUAACUAAACCACCAGAUCGAGUGGCCGAUACAUCACCUGAGGAUGAUGAGGACAAUGAAAUUUCAUCUGACGGUGGUUGCAAAUUUCUUGGAUAUGCGAUGCUAUUCAGCUUUCUCGCUGCAUUCUCCUGGCUCAAUGUCAUGUGCUUUGACAUCUGGUGGACAUUUGGGGGAUUGGGCGGCGCUGGGGGGAGGAGAGGAGCACAAAGAAAACGAUUUUUUCUAUAUUCUCUGUAUGCCUGGGGACUUGCAUUCAUUUUGACCUGCGUUGCUGUUACUGCUGAUUACACCAGUACUCUACCUACAAAUCUUCGACCAAAUAUCGGCAUCGAUACCUGCUGGUUCAAUCCGGAUAGCAGCGGGGUGGUUAUUUUUUUCAUAACUCCCAUUUCAAUUCAACUAGUGGCCAAUGUAGCAUUUUUCAUUCUGACAUCACUCCACUGCAGCCGCGUCAGAGCUGAGAUAACGAGGGUCAUGAGACCAGUGACAGACCCCAGGAGUCGGCGUUUCCAUUCAGACAGAUCCAAAUUAAUCGUCAACAUCAAACUCUUCAUCGUAAUGGGAAUAUCCUGGAUAAUGGAGAUAAUAUCAACGUUUCUCAAUCGUUAUGCAACGGAUUUUAAUUGGCGAGCUGAAUUUUUUUACGUGUCUGAUGCAUUCAAUUGUCUCCAGGGACUUCUCAUUUUCAUUCUUUUUGUUCUCAAGAGCAAGGUUUAUCACGCAUUGAGACACAGAUUGAAAGAGGGAAGUGGUAGUACUCCUGGGAGAUUGAAUACCACUUUGCAGGAGCCCUUCAGGGUGCAGAAGAGCACCAGUUGCAGUACUCUCAUGUCUACAUUUGCCAUUAACAAUGUACCAUAAUAAUUUGAUAUAUAAUUCUACCAGUCCACCUGAACUUCCUCCAAAGAUUUUUUACAUUAUUUGUACAUAACUCUUUGUACUUCAUGUACUGACCAAUAAACAGUGAGAAUAUCACCACA